UUUUUUUCCACAUGCGCUAGUAGUCACGACUCCGCAGAUUGGCACUCUUGCUUCAAUGAUCGGCCGUUUUGUGCCGGUUUUUAUACUUGCACGCGCGCGAUAUCAUCAUCAUCAUCACCAUCAUCAUGGUGACCUUUUUCAUUUCGCGCCUGACGACCAAUGAUAUCGAACACUCUAAUUGUCCAGGGCGUGCCUAGCGUGCACGCUCUUGUCAAACUGUUAAGCCGAAUAGUCGCCCGAACGAUAACAGGUGAUAACCCAACACUCCUUCCUGUCCCAACCCACCAGGUCGAAAAAGAAAAAGGAGAAAAAGAAUGUCGCCCUCGAAGACGACCUGGGGGUGGUUUCUCCGCAGGACGGAGUCCUUCAAAGCCCAGACUGAACCUCUCAUUUCUACCACGCGCCCUGUCUCAUAUGUCAACCCCGUCCAGGAAGACCAAGGCAGCAGCAACCCAGCCCAGCAGUCUCACGUGCAAGGCGCGAGCGAUAACCUUCAAUCUUCCGAUCCACAAGUAAGGGGGAAAGGAGACCUGCCACCUCCCGUUGUCGUUCAGAGUAGGCGAAGGGACUCGUCCGAUGCGGAAGAUGGGCCCAGCUCUCCCAGGAUGAACAGUCUAAGACAAUUUUUUAUGGGAGAGAUCGACGGUUCACGCGCCUCUGCACCCUUAACUGCCUGUUGCUUCACGACCGGUUUCAUUGAUGCGGUGUGUCUUUCCCUGAUGUUCGUAUGGUGUGCGUUCCAGACAGGAAACAGCCUCCAACUCUCCCUCUCUUUAGCACGUUUCUUCAACGGUUCACACAACUACUCCUUCGACCUCGCAGAUCGUCGAGCCCUCUGCUCUCUGCUCUCCUUCCUCUUCGGUGCUUUCAUCGGCCGAUUUGGCGAUAAGAUCGGCUCCCAGACGCGUCUAUGGGUGACCCUCGGCACGUUCAUUCAGACAGUCUUCACUAUGGCGGCGGCUAUCGCCGUUCGGAAAUCUGGACAACUGAGUCUUCUGGAUUCCAGUACUGACCCGACCUGGAGCAACGUGCUUUCGUUUGUGUGCAUCGUGUUUAUGAGUGCUAGCAUGGGUUUACAAGGGAUUAUGGGAAAGAGAUUAAAUACCCAAUUUACAACUACUGUCGUCCUAACUUCAACAUGGUGCGAACUCGUGACCGAACCCCAACUCUUCCACUUCCGCCGGCUAAUUAAAGCACGCGACCACAAGGUUAUAGCCAUCCUCUUCCUGUUCAUCGGAGGAUUCACAGGUCGUGUCGUCCUUGACAAAAUCGGAACAGCAGGGGCUCUCGGGGUCGGUGCUGGUAUCCGUUUUUUCAUCACCUUGUCGUGGCUCUUCGUGCCCACGAAGAAGGCUCCCGGGAAUUAGCUGUGUGGUACAUAUUUGUGAAUAUGACGAGGUGACGAACGCAGCGCGGAUUAUCUCAGCGAUUGUACAGCCUGUAGUGGUGGAAGGGGGUGACGCAAGCCUGGCGCUGAGCG